AUGAGUCCCUUGGAAUCCGAGCAAGCUGUUACCGUACAGAUCCAGACAACCACCGUUCCCAGCUAUGCUCAAACUAUCAUUGGCAAGCGGUCGCCUAUCUCCAACGACAUUGAAGAGUUUCGCGGUAUUCCAUACGCCCGUGUGCCGGGAAGAUGGGAGCACUCACGCCUGAGAGAUUUUCUACCCCGUGACACGUUUGACGCUACAGAGAACGGCCCUCGAUGUCCCGCAUCCGGCGCACUCGAUUCUCGCGCAUUUCAAUCAUACCUGCCAUACCCAAACGACCGCCAGGACGAGUUUGAGUGCUUGAACCUUCUUAUCAUGCGCCCGAGCAAGGAAGCACUGGCAAGAUGCGAUGAAGACGUAGAGGUGACCAAGCUGCCAGUGCUCAUUUGGAUUCAUGGCGGCGGCUACAUAAGUGGCGCAGCAACGAGUCCAGAAUUUGAUCCCGCCCGGCUCAUUCUCCGCUCUCUCUCCAAAAAGACCCCGUUCAUUGCGGUAGCCAUCAAUUAUCGUUUGGGCAUAUUUGGAUUCGGCGCGUCAUCUGACAUGAUCGCGUCACAAGACAGUGACGCUGCUCUCAAGGGCGUAAACUUUGGUCUUCAUGAUCAGAGGCUCGCCCUGAUCUGGGUUAACCGCAACAUUGCCGCAUUUGGAGGGAAUGAGGCGAAAGUCACGAUUAUGGGCCAGUCCGCUGGCGCAGGAUCAUGUCACACUCAUCUCCUCGAGGCCGAAUUGGGUGUGAGCAAGCCGCUCUUCCGCAAGGCUGGUCUCAUAUCAGGCGCAUGGGGCAGUCUCGAUUCCAUUUCGCUCAAUAUGGCGGACAAGCGCUGGGCGGAGCUGUGCCGACUCCGUUCAGUCGAGGACGAAAGCCCCGUCGACCGACUUGAAGCAUUGAAGAAAGUCCCUGUGACAGAUCUACUACAGAGUGUCUCGGACUUACACUGGUGGUUCUUCGCAAUGGUCGUCGACAAUUUGACAAUCCGAAGAAGCAGCUUGGGAUGUGACGUCUCUGUCCACCUUGGACAUGACGAGGCAAACGGCCCAGCCAAGGCCGAAAAAAUACAAGUCAUGGUAAGCGCGACGGCUCGCGAGUUUGAGGGUUUUGCCCGUAUGGCCAACUGGAACUACGCCAAAUUCCGCGCCGUUUUUUCAUCCAGCUAUCCCUCGGAUGCUGCAGCUGAAAACGUUCUUCGAGCAUACGGCAUUCUCCCCACAUCUUCCCAUAAGGAGCUCUUUGACGGGUUCGUUCAGUUCAUUUCCGAUGCCACGAUGGCGUAUAAAAUCCACCGUGCCGCCGAAUUCUUCAAGACCUAUCGGAAGAAGCAGGCAGUCCUGCGUGGGCAGGACCCGAGGCGCGUGGGUGUGCAGACGUACAACAUCGAGUUCGGCAACCCUUUCCCGGGUCCCUUGCAAGGCGUCGCGCACCACGGUGUUUGUAUGAUCUAUACUUUCGGUAAUUUCCACGACGCGUUAGAGAAGGUUGACCAAGGGACUCCGGAAGGCUAUGUCGAACCUGGCCAAGAGCCUUCAGAAACUACCCGUCCUGAAUCCUCACAGCGUGCAGAGGUGGCUGACGAGAGAAUUACCGAGGUAACGGACCACAUCAAGUCCAACAUCGACUUGAGUUAUGACAUGCAGGACAUGUACAUCCAGUUUAUUGUCGAGGACUAUCAAGAGACCGAUAAGCGUACGGAUCCUGAUCAGAUUACGACAUAUUGUCAGGACCGAUCAGUAUGA